AAAGUAACCUUUCGAUAUGACAUAAAUUGAACAAUUUUCAUUUUAACCAGAGCACCACAAGAUAGCAAGAUAGCUCGCCACACUAACUGUUGUCGCCUUUGGGGGGCAGUACGCUUUGCAACGAUUGUUUCUUUCUUUUGUUGCUGCUAUCUUCCUGUGUCUUUGCUACCUGUCAUUAGCACACAGCGCAGUUCCUGGUUACAAGCAUUGGGGAUAUUGCAUGGCUGCUGAUGCAGCGAUAGCUGGCUAACUGUCUCCGUAUCCGAGGGCGGCUGUCGGAGGAGCCGAAACGGAGGAGCUAAGCGGAUUGCUAUCCGGAAAUUCAACGGCUCGAGAAAAAAACGUCUCAUUCCAACGCUGACGGUCGCUGUCAUGGCUGAGCCAGAGUUACUGUUGGACUCCAACAUCCGUCUGUGGGUGGUGUUGCCAAUCGUUUUUAUCACCUUCCUGGUUGGGGUGAUUCGCCACUACGUUUCCAUUCUGUUACAAAGUGACAAGAAACUCACACUGGAGCAGGUGUCGGACAGCCAGGUUCUCAUCAGGAGCAGGAUUUUGCGAGAAAAUGGAAAGUACAUUCCUAAACAGUCCUUCUUGAUGAGGAAAUUUUACUUCAAUAAUCAGGAGGAUGGCUUCUUUAAAAAAACUAAAAGAAAGGUUGUUCCACCAUCACCAAUGACAGAUCCCAGCAUGCUGACAGACAUGAUGAAGGGAAAUGUGACCAAUGUUCUACCCAUGAUCCUUAUUGGCGGUUGGAUCAAUUGGACCUUCUCAGGUUUUGUCACAACCAAGGUACCUUUUCCCCUCACACUGCGCUUCAAGCCCAUGCUGCAGCAAGGAAUCGAGCUGCUCUCUCUUGAUGCCUCCUGGGUGAGCUCAGCAUCCUGGUACUUCCUGAAUGUGUUUGGCCUUCGCAGCAUGUAUUCCCUGAUUCUAGGACAGGACAAUGGAGCUGAUCAGUCCCGAAUCAUGCAGGAACAGAUGAGUGGGGCUGCCAUGGCCAUGCCAGCCGACACCAACAAGGCUUUUAAGGCUGAAUGGGAAGCCCUGGAGCUGACUGACCACCAGUGGGCACUAGAGAGUGUGGAGGAGGAACUGAUGAGCAAGGAGCUGGACCUGGAUGGAAUGUUCAGCAGCGAGUUGCCCACUGGCAUCUUCUGAUUGCAUGUGCACUACUAGAGAUUGCUAAUGGGUUCAGUCUUUUGCUAAAAUUAGUUAGGGAGGACAUCUUAUGUUGAGCUGCUUGAAAUAAUCCAGUGAUGAUCAACAAUGAACAAUUGGUGCGACUGAUGUUUUGAUUAAUUUCUAAAUCAGUUCUACAACAUGAUUUAUUUUAAAGUGAGCAUUAUUGCUACUACAUAAACUGAAUCAAGGCCCUUCCCUAUUAAGAAACUUGUCUAACAAAAAUAAAAAAAUAAGUAAUUUUACUAAGUAAAUGUGGGGAGUUUCCUUGAAUCAUGAACUCUAGAUCAUCACUGAAGGAUACCAUCAGCAAUGGAAAAGCCAUUUUCAAACAGCUCCUAGUGUAAUGAUGUUACUGUAGGGGGCUUUCAAGGAAAAUUGCAGCCUGUCUCUUUCAUCCAACCCCUUUGUUUUGCUGCUGCCUCCUUUUAAUGUCUAGUGUUCUGUUUCUUCUGUCCAUUCCCUCUUUGGUUGCUAUAAUUCCUGAGUUGAGGACACUGGUGAUGGCAUGUGGCCAUUGAUGUGGCCCACUAACUCUGAUACCUUGUUUGUGUGUGGAAAUGUUUGUGUUUUCUUUUUAUUAUGGACCCCACUCAGUUUUUUGUAACAUUAUCCUCUGUUUUGUAAAGAGACUGUUUUGACAAGA